CUGCAGUUGUGCUUUCUUUGAUUAAUGUCAGAGAGUUUACCAGAGGCCUCAGCGUUCGGCACGGAAUCACGCUGUUUGGGCCCUGAUGAGUCCACUUCGCCCGCCGAUUUGGUUCCGCAACUGACGACUAUCUCGGCUCGGCCGCAAGAGUCUGCCUCGCAGCUCUACCCGAUAUCUGAUACGGUCAAUGCGGUUGGUAUGAUGAAUGGUGAUGGCAGCUAUGGUCAGCAGGAGAAGUCACCACCUAACCUGUUGGAGGGCAUUGGUAAUGAUGGUGACAAGGCGGCUGGCUCGGCACCAGGUAGGGGUGAUGGGGACAAUCCGGUAUUUAUGUCGAUGAUGGGAGCUGCUAUGGCCGCGGCACAGCUCCAGAAUAUGAACCAACAGAUCCAGAUGCAGCAGUACAUGCUACUACAACAGCAGCAGGCACUUAUUGCUCAUGCCCAAAUGAAGCGAGGGUCAACAGCCAUAACAGGGCCAGUACCUCCGUCGUCGGGGUCACCACUUGGGGAGGCUGAGCCCCGCAUGUCCUCCCCAACAGCCCAGCCGGCUGGUGGGAUGUCUGGCCAGCUCACAGCAGCUUUGAUAUCUGCUGGUGCUCACUCUCCUGGAAGUUCGGAGCAUAGUGUGGAUGUCAAGACCCUCGACCUUGGUUGCGGCAUCACCACUCCUAAGGCUGAUAAGUCUUCCGGUAGUAAUAGUUGUAUUGAUUCCAGCGAUCAUAUGGCUGAGUCCGAUGCGGGUACUCUUCCUUUGGUGGCGAUGAAUGAGGAUUGUUGCACUCUAGAUGGUGACAACGACGAUUUGAAGUACGGCGAGCUUACUCUGGAUAUGGGCCCGGAACAAGGCCCCUCUGUUGGUGGGGCAAGCGAGCAGAUGGGGACGGCUAUGGCUGGCUAUGAUACGCAGACUUGGCAGCAGUUUCAACAGCUGCAGUAUAACCAAUGGAGUUAUGCGGCUGCGAUGAGCAAUCCGUGGUAUUCUCAGGGCUAUCCUGGCACGAGGGGUUAUGGUCAGGGUGGCGAGAUGAUGAUGAGGGGAGAUACGGAGCGGAGUGGAUCGGCAGCCGCAGCUGAGGCGGUAGCGGGGAUAAAGCGGAGGAAGAAGCCCUAUGCAGCACCCAAGGGCGUGUGGCGUAAUAAUGGAGGUUAUAACGCUACCAUCUACGUCAAUAAGAAACGAAUCUACGGGCCUGUGCGCCGGAAUCUGGCCGAUGCUGUGUCGGAUCGGAGGGUUAUGGAAGACUCAGUCGACUCGGCUAGGACCAAGGUUGAGCGAAUGAUCGAGGAACAGCAUAAGGUCUUCGAGUCUGAUCAAGCCAGGGAGUCGUUUAUUGCUGAGGAGAGUCAUACGAUGAUAAGAGAAGUAGUUGCAAAGCUGCGAGCGGAGCGAGGCACUCAUAACUCAUCCAACUCGGGUCCGUCUGAUCCACGGCCGUCCGUCCAGAGUUCUUUGACCGCCGCACAGCAGUCGAGGAGACCAGGGGUGGUCCCGUCUCUGGCUCAGGCUGUGUAUGGCACUGCUGCUGCUCGCCCUGGUAAUAUGAUGCCGUUCAUGAUGCCCUAUCCGUCUGCUGUCUGGCCAAGGCCUAUGGGUGGCAAGAAUAGUAGUAGUAGUACGCCGCUAGCUAGGACGAGGAAGCGAGAUCGAUCGGAAUCGGAAGAUGCUAAAGAUGCUGCUACUGUUAAGGGGGACACUGUGCCGGUCAAGACUGGAUUGGCUCAGAGUGUCCUCUUCGGUGGUGAGGGCUCUCUCAAUACUACUGCUGUUGAAAUCCCUGCUAACCUAGCGGGCGCUAGCGAAAGGGUCACCACUGACCCUAAAAGGGCGCGGACUAUUACCCCUACCACGGCAACCACUUCAUCGUCAACCUCAGCCUCGUCGUCGUCGUAUGUACCCUUAUCACCCUUGUUCAACCCUGGUUCACCCCUAUUGUCAAGUCGAAUGUUCUCCUCAGCUUUACCUAAGUAUCUGCGGAGCCCAGCAUUCCCUGCCACACAGCUCACUCCCUUCAGAGGCGCAGCUCCUCCUGGCGGGCCUAAUGGUGUUGAUGGGCCGAUCAUUGAUGACGACAUCCAACUGGAAGAGAGCGCUGUUGGGUCUUUAGGCAGCCUCUAUCCCAAGGGAGCGCAGACAUCUUCUGGCUUCCCUCUCAGCCCAACGUUCUUGCCUUAUCACACACCAUCCACGGGGGCUGCUUUUACUUGUACCGGUAAUACCAGCACAUGCUCGGCAUCGUCAGCGACUACUGCUGUAACUCCAACAGCUGCUGCUGGCUCUAAUACUAGUACUCCCGCAUCGACGUUCCCAUCAUUGACCUUCACGUCUCCUGGUCUUCAACCUGCCUCUUCUCAAGGAGCAACUGCCGCCGCCGCCGCCGCUGCUGCUGCAUCCUUCUGGACACCACAUUUACAGUAUCUUAAGCAUAGCCCGGCGUUCGCAAGUCAAAGCAGCGCCGCCGCUGAAAGUUGAUUCUACAUAUUACCAUUACUGUAGCUAUAUUACCCAAGAUUAAUAUCGUCAUAAAAAUCAUCGUCAUCAUCUUCACCAUCAUCUCUACGUCAGAACU